AGCUGUGUGUGUGUAUGUUUGUUGGCCAACACGUCAGCUAACCUGAUGAUUUGUUUUGCAAAGUCCUCACUCUUUUUUCGUUCUAAAUCCAUUUGCAAAUGAUAAUUUUAUUCGAUUCGAUUAUAAUAUGAAAUGAUAAUGAUAAUUUAUCUCUUUAUUUUAUUUAUUGUGUCGUAACAAUAAUCAUCAUCAUCAUCAUCUUUGAAAACUGAAAAACACAUCGAUUUGGUCUAAAAAUUCUUCUGGAAACAAAGUUUUUUAUUAUUCGAAAAAAAAGUUUAUAGCAAAACAAAACAAAAUCUUGUCUUUCAUAUUUAGGAUUUAGUUCAAUUUUUGUUUUCUCUGGUUUACAACUCAAACGGUAAUUGAAAUCAUUCGGUUAUAUAGACUCAUUGAUGGAUUCAAAUUCUCAUCAUCAUCAUAACUAUCAAUCGUAUCAAACUAAUCAUCAUAUGUCUCAACAACCAUCACGGCCACCAAGUGUUGAUUCAGUAAACCUUGGUAGUAUUUAUAGUGGUUUCUAUCCACAAGUAUCAAGUGCUGGUCCUAGUUCAUUAACGUCAAACAUUCCAUCAACAAUACAAAAUUCAUAUCAGAUACCUGGACAAUAUCCACAAUUAUCACAUCAUCAACAGCAACAACAGCAAGGAUAUCAUAACUAUCCAAAUACUACCGGUAAUGGACCAGUAUCAUGGUCAUUACAACAGCAAGCCAAUUAUCAUCAGCCAACUUCACAGCAGCAACCGACAAGUUUACCACCAAAUCUUAGUUAUCAUUAUCAAAUAUCAGCAUCUGCUGCUGCGGCUGCUGCAUUUGGUUUUAAUUUCCAACAACAACAACAGCAGCAGCAGCAACAACAACAACAACCACAAAUAAAUCAAAAUGCUGGAUUAAUAGUUUCACCCACUUCUAAUCAUCCGAAUAUUGGUUCGUUAGCACCAACAUCAGUUCAAUGGCCAGGCAAUGCAGGACAACCGCAAUCAUUUGCACCAGCAAUGACAAAUCAGAUUUUAUCACCAUCGCAUUCACAGCCAAAUCAUCAUCAUCAACAACAACAGCAAUUGACAUCGAUGGCUGUGGCUGGAAUAACAAAUCCAAAUGAAUAUGUUAGCCAAUAUUAUUCACAAUAUUAUCGGGAAUAUUAUCAAAGGCUGGUUGCAUUUCAUAAACAUCAACAACAGAUACAGAAUCAGAAAAAGAUUGCCCCAUUUAAAUAUAAUCAAUUCCAUACACCUUGUGUAUUUUCACAGCAUGAUAAUCAAUUAAUUGUGGUUGAACCAAAUUCAAAUGUCGGUCUUUAUGGCCUGCAAGAAGUUUUUAUUGAACAAUGUUAUCCUAAUCUACAUUUACAAUCAUUGCUAUUAUAUUCAAGUAAUGAUGAUCCAAAUGCUACAUUAUUACCAUUCGAAGAUUCACAAUUAUCAUUGGAUUGGAUUCGUGUAAAACAAUUAAAUGAUUCAACAAUGAAUUAUGAAUUGAAAUUAAUAUUGAAAGUAAUAACAAUGUUGUUUAGACAAAAUGGUACAUUAUCUGGAUUAGAUCUUUCGGAAUUAUUAUAUGAACUUGUACAACCAAAUGGUGAUGAUUCGGAAAAAUUAUCACAAUCAGGUGGUAGUGAAGCGGUGACCAAAGAUUAUUAUCGUGAUUUACUUUCACAUCUUCGACAAUUAUUGAUGCGUGGUCAACGUCGUGUAGCGAUUACAUUUGCUCAAAAUAAUGGUCUUUUUGAUCAUGCAUUGGCUCUAUCAUAUCUACUAUCGUUUCUAUCUUCAUCGUCAAAUACAAAUCUUGGCCAAGUUGUGGAUAAUAAUUUGAUGAUUUCAACAAUCAAGAAAUUUAUCACCACUACUUUGUCUACGGAAGAUCCUCUCUAUGUAUUUUAUACUCAUCUUUUACAAAUUGCGACAAAUAUUCUAAAUUCUGCUACAUUAGAGAAUGGUUGUAUGAUUCCAUCACCAGCUACAGGAACUACUGCAAGUGCCAAGAUUGAUCGAUUAGAAUCAUUCAUAAUAUUGUUAGCUAAUGAUAUUAAAUUCGAUAAAGUGGAAAUUGCCGAUAAAUCUUAUCGUAAUCUUAUUGAUCUAAUGAUUGCAUUGUUGAAAGAUGAUUUUAAUUAUAUUCUACCCGACGAAUUAUUCAAUCAUGAUCGAUUCGAUUGUUUACUUGUCAAUGAAUGUCUUGAAUUUGCUCGUUUCCGUGGUGAACGAUUGAAUCCACGCUUGAUCCUAAGAAAAUUGGAGUUUGCCUUUGAAUUAUUUGAUUUUGGUUUCACACGAAAUGCAUCGCGUUAUUUGACGAAAAUUGUAAACAAACUUAAAGAUCCUGAAUUUGAAUGGAAAAUGUUGAUAGAUAAAAAAUCUAAAUAUUCAAAAUGGCUGCUGCCGGAUUCGAUUAUGAAUAAUGAAGAUGAUCAAUUAGAUUUGAAAUUAUUGCAAGAGAUUUGGUCAUAUCAAUUUAACAAAAUAUUCACUCGAAUAAAUCGAGAAAUGCGACAAUUUGAUUCACCUUUAUUUGCUAUUAAACAAAAAGAUGAUUUUAAGAAUGAUGAAAAUAAUAAUGAUGAUAAUGUUGAAGCCGAUGUUGAUGUAGCUGGCGAAGAGGAUGAAGAUCGUACCGAUGUUGUUGAAGAUAUUGAAGAUGAAGAAGUAGAUGUUGAAUUGGAUACAUCUGAAUCAUCAUUAUCAAAACCGGAACAACAAAUCCGACAACAAUCAUCACCGGUUUCGACGUCUUUAUCUUCAAAUCAACAAGAAAAUUUCAAACAACAUCAACAACAUUCUCAGCAACAAAAUGUGGAUCAUAGACGUCAUUCUACGAUGAUGAUGACGGCCACGUCUACUACUGCUAAUACACCAGUGAUCGAUAAAUCCUCUUCGUUGAAUGUAUCGGCAAUGUCCCCAAUUGAACCAUUGAAUCCAAAUGACAUGAUUGCUGAUAAUUCAAAUUCAUUACCAUUGCAAUCGAAUAGAUUGGUUUCACAAGGACCGGUACAACAAGGACCUAGACGUAGUUUACCAACUAUAGCUAAUCAUACAUUUCCAAGAACAUUGAAUCCUAUAAUGGAAACAACGACACAACAAACAAAUCAUGUGGAAACCGAUUCUAUUCACCAUCAAAAAAGUUUCGAUUCAUUGGAUUCAGCUUCACCGCCAUCAUCACCUAAUGAUAAUUUCAAUAUGAAUGCUAUGCAAUCAGCUUUGCCUUCGUCGUUUCAAAACACUGAUGAAUCGAGUGAAAAAAAUCCUGAAAAUCACCAAAAUACUGUUCCGUCAUAUCCAGCCUUUUUCCAACCACCACCACCAUCGUCGAAUGAUUCAACAUCUCCAUUUGAUUUCAUUUCAACAAAUGGUCAUGUUACAUCGAUACCAUAUGAUCCAUAUUUUAAAAAUAACGAUGCACCAUUGGAUAAUCAGACUUCACCAAAUGGUCAAGUUAAUCAUGAAAAUAAUGAAUUCCUACAGAAUACUAAUAAUAUACCGCCGGUGAAUAAUAGUGUAAAUGAAACAUUAAAAAGACCGGAAUCCAAUAAUAAUAACAAUAAUAAUAAUGGCGGAGAAUCGACAAAAACAUCACCAAGUAAAUCGAAUAAUAAUACUGGUUUGCUUGGCGCCAUUCUAGGUCGAUUAAAACCUAAAAAUCAAAUGAUAUUACCGGAUGAUAAAGAUCCACAAAUAAUAUAUGAUCCAGUUAGUAAAAGAUGGAUCGAUAAAUCGGCAAAUGAUCAAGGUGGUAUGGGUGCUGGCGUACCACCACCUCCUCCAAAAAUACCAAUACCGGGUAUUAAUAGUGUUGGUUCAAGUGUUCAAAGUGAACCAAAUUCAACAAUAACAUCACCAACAUCGAUGAAUAAUAAUUUUCCACAUUCUCCUACAUUACCAUCGUUACAACUAAAUACAAAUAAAACAAGCAGUGAUACUCCACCAAUGAUGAUGAUGAUGAAUGGCAGUAUUUCUGGUUCGAAUCCAUUUGGAGCAUCAAUACCACCACCACCACCAUCAUCAUCAACAUCAUCAACUGGAUCAACAGCAAAUGCCUUUCGAAGUGAUUUACGUCGUAAACGAUAUGUGAAUGUAUUUAAUAAUCCAACAUCAAAAUAGUCAACAAAAACAAUUUUUAUUGUUAAUAAUAAUUUUUGGUGGCGAUAAAAAAAAACAAACAAACAAUUUUGG